AUGUUUCUCAGACUCGUUCUUAUCUUUAUCCUAAUGCAUGACAACAUUUGUUUGGCCGGAAGGAAGAAUGCCGUCGGAAUUUUGGCCACCGGAAGAAAGAGUGCCAUGGGACUUUUAGACGACUAUCUUAAACAGGCAACGUUAUCAAAAUGUGUACCACGUGGUGGUAGGGGUGGUAAAAGAAAACAUAUAUUGGAUAUGUUUGAAGGAGAACAGUCACAACUCGAGCAAGCGUGCCAGAACAUUGGUAAUGGAGAAUCAAAGGAGAAGACCGACUACCGCCGCGACUUCGACGAAUGUUUGUGGGAGCGACUUUCAGUGAUUUGCAAUUUCUGA